CUCUCAGACCCAUGUCCAACAAUCCUCUCUCAUUCCCUUCUCUCUCCUCCUCUCUCUCUCUCUAGAUCCCCCAACCCAUCCCCUCUCUCCUCCCUUCCCUGCAAUGUCCGCCUCCGUCUUCCUCCUAUGGCUGGUUAGCAUCCCCAUUGUCUUCCUCCAUGCAGCUGACCAACCACCACCAAAAGGUUUCCUCCUUAACUGUGGCUCGGAGGAAGAGGUAAAACUGAGUGAUCUGAAAUUCAUCCCGGACAACGAAUACAUAAACACCGGAAACAAAACGACCCUUAAACAAAAAGAUGUACACCCAUUAUUGGCCACGGUGAGAUUUUUCCCAGACACUUCUGCUACAAAAUACUGUUACUCAUUCCAAGUGCCCAAAGAUGCUAAAUAUAUGGUUAAAACUAUGUAUUACUAUGGAGGUUUUGAUGGAGGGAAGGAGCCUCCGGUGUUUGAUCAAAUCAUUGAUGGCACCAAAUGGAGUAUUGUGAAUACAACAGAGGACUAUGCAAAUGGGCUCAGCUCGUUCUAUGAGAUUGUGGUCACUGCUCAUGCAAAGACAUUGAGUGUGUGCCUUGCUAGGAACAAGAACACGAAUUCGAGCCCCUUUAUAUCAUCUAUUGAAUUGCAGAAUCUGGAUGCUUCACUCUAUAAUACAACCGAUUUCAACAAGUUUGCGCUAACUAACGUGGCUCGGAGUAGCUUUGGCUACAAUGGGGAACAAAUUAGUUCUCCAGAUGACAAAUUUAACCGGUUCUGGCAACCAUUUAUGGACGAUAAUCCUGUCGUAGACAGCAAAGUCAACAUAACACCUACAGCAUUUUGGAACAUCCCACCAACGAAGUUAUUUGCAAACGGAAUCACAACAAGCAGAGGGAAAACACUCAACGUCAAGUGGCCGCAAUUUUUACUCCCUAGCAGCACCUACUACAUUGCACUUUACUUCCAAGAGAACCGCAACCCAAGUCCAGAGAGCUGGAGAGUUUUCAGUGUCACUAUAAAUGGCAUGAAAUUCUACGAUGACGUCAAUGUCACAACCAAUGGUGUGACUGUGUAUGCGACACAGUGGCCUCUCUCUGGUCAGCUUGAGAUUGUCAUGACUCCCCAGAAUGAUAUGCCUGUUGGGCCUGUGAUCAAUGGUGGAGAGAUCUUUCAGAUUCUGCGUCUUGGUGGAGUGACUAAUGCUAAAGAUGUGUUGGCAUUGGAAGAGUUGGCAAAAAGCUUUGACAACAAACCUUCCGAUUGGAGAGGAGAUCCGUGCCUACCUAAAGAGAAUUCAUGGACUGGAGUUAAAUGCUCUGAUCAAGGAUUUCGAGUCACUUCUCUGAAUCUUACCGGUGUGGGGCUGUCUGGGUCACUGUCUAAAAGCAUAGACGAUUUAACUGCACUUAACCAUCUUUUGCUUGGAAGUAACAAACUCUCAGGUCCAAUACCAGAAAUGAAAUCAUUGAAGGCCCUGCAAACUUUGCAUUUGGAGAAUAAUCAAUUCGAAGGACAGAUCCCUGCAUCAUUGGCAGAACUUACAGAUCUUAAGGAAAUAUUUCUACAAAACAACAACCUGGAUGGUAACAUCCCCGAUGCCCUAAAGAACAAAAAUGGCAUAAAGAUUCAGGUUUGACCUGGAAAUAAUCUGUUACAGUAGGCAUUAUGCUAUAGAAAUAUGAUAAAAAGCUACAGGUUUUAUCGAACCAGUUUAGGAGGUAAAUAGGGAAGUUUUUGGCCUCAAUGAAUGCAAGUUGGACGGUGGAGUUGAUCGCCAUUGAGAGAGAGGGAUAAACACCCCACUCGCCGGUUUGAAUUAUGCAAUGUGAGCACCAUACUGCUGAAUCAAGAUUUUUUGAAAGCACAAAUUGUUGUAAUGAGUCUUCUAUACCAUAAGUUAUACAGACACUUAACAUGUUUGGUCAUGAAAAUCUUUUAUAGUUUAUUAUUAAUGAAAAAUGCAUGAAUUUACUA